AUGGAUCCUGCGGAUUGGUUGGAGCUUUUGUUCGCACAAGAUUCGAGGGGUGCAGGUAUUGAGCUUGAAUUUCGAAAUGUUUGUCUUCGGAGGCCCAGAUCCACUGGUUGUAUUCUUUCUGGUGCCAAUGGAAAAGCGCAGGCAAGCAGUCUUACUGGUAUAAUGGGACCGUCUGGUUCUGGGAAGAGAUACCAUUUCCCCGCGCUCAUUGGAUUCGUUCCGCAAGAUGAUAUCGUCCACCCACAUCUCACCGUCUUCGAGAAUAUCCUUCACUCAGCGCGUGUUCGGCUCCGGGGUACGUUGAACGAUGCAGCCAUCAAGGAACGGGUUGAUAUUGUGGUCGAUGGACUUGGCCUCCGGAAGAUCAAACACAGUGUUGUCGGGUCUGAGCUUCGGCGUGUCAUCUCCGGUGGAGAACGAAAGAGAGUCAGCAUUGCUCUCGAACUUGUCGCAGCACCACAGGUUCUAGUUUUGGAUGAGCCGACCUCGGGACUGGACGCCCAGGCUGCGCUAUCAUUAAUGGAAUUACUACGACUUUUUUCUCGGAAGGGACUUACCGUGAUAAGCGUGGUUCAUCAGCCUCGAGUUGAAAUAUUUGAGGCUUUGGAUAAUCUACUGAUACUGGAAUCAGGAGAGUGUGUAUACAGUGGCAAGGCAUUAAAGGCACAACAAUACUUUGAAGCACAAGGAUACACCUUCCAUCCUAAUCUCAAUUCUGCCGAUCUGAUUAUCGAUAUCGUCUCGGGGAAGUUUCAUCCGCCGAAUGGAGAUCUGGUCAAGUCCGAAGAACAAGCGUUACCUUUUUUGGACCUUGAUGUCGACUCUGUACCUUCAGGCCAGGAUGGGUCGAAUACAGACGCCUCCCUCUUUCGAGCUAUCGAGGCUGAGUACAGUAAAAGAAUCACCCCUUGGUAUAAACAACUUGAUCUAUGCCUUGUCCGUGAUCUAACUCAACAGCACAGACAAAUCGCUGUGUUCACAUUGGAGAUACUUGGGUCAGCCUUAACGGGGUUUAUGAUCGGACUAGUUGUAUUCGACUUUCAUGGUCACCUAUUCCAGCGGAUCUAUUUGUCGCCAUUCCAGUCCUUGUCAAGCUCUGUCAACUACCACCUUGUUCCCGAAACAGGCAUUCUAUGCUCUCUUGCGAUAGGUAUAUCAUUAACAACCUUCCUACAUUAUUUCUGUAGCUCUAAUGAUUUUACAGCAUUUUCUGCGGCCUAUCCGAGUGUUGCUACGUUCGGAGAAGAAAGUCUGUAUACCCUGACGAACCCUCAGACCAGUUAUACUGAAAAUUAUCAGUUCUCGUCUUCCAACGCGAGUCCCACUCAGGCCAUUCAAGGGUCGCCUAUUUCGCCGGAAAAACCAUUGCGAGUCUUCCUCGAAUCUUCGUUGCUUCCUUACAUUUCACCACCUUUUACGCCGUAA